GAUAUUAGAUAAUAACAUUAUCGUAAAGUCAUGGCUGUUGUAGGAAUUAAUGGAUUUGGAAGGAUAGGUAGAAUGUGUUUACGUGCUUGUCUUGAAAAACACGUUACAGUUAACUUGAUUAAUGAUCCAUAUAUUUCAACCGAUUAUAUGAUAUACUUAUUUCAAUAUGACUCGACUCACGGAUCUUAUUCUUUACACGUAGAAUGUGAAAAUGGAUAUAUUAUUAUCGGAGACAAUAAAAUAGCUACAUCCCAGGAAAGAAAUCCAUGUAAAAUAAAUUGGAAAGAGGCAGGUGUAACAUAUGUAAUUGAGGCUACUGGACUUUUCACUACCUUAGAUAAAGCAGGCUUACACAUGGAUGGUGGAGCUAAAAGAGUAAUUAUCACUGCACCUUCUGUAGAUGCACCGAUGAUAGUUUAUGGUGUGAACCAUACUUGUUAUGAUCCAAAAAAAGGUAAGAUAAUAUCAGCUGCUUCUUGCACGACAAACUGUGCAGCGCCUAUCAUUCGUCUGAUGCAUGAAAAAUUCGAAGUUACUGAAGUAAUGAUCAGUAGCGUACACGCUUUAACAUCAAUGCAACGAACUUUAGAUGGACCUCUAGAAAGGGGAAAGUUGUGGAGAGAUGGUAGGGGUGCUCUCCAAAAUAUCAUUCCAACAUCUUCAGGAGCUGGCAAGUCAUUAGACAAAAUUAUCCCUGAACUUAAAGGCAAAAUAUCCGCAAUAGCCUUUAGAGUACCAGUUCCAAAUGUUUCUUUGUGUGACAUGACUUUUCGAGUCAAUAAACCGACAACAUAUGAAGAAGUAAAGGAAGCAAUGAAAGCAGCAUCAGAGAAUGAUUUAAAAGGUAUAUUGGGUUACACAGAUGAUGACUGUGUUUCAUCUGAUUUCAAUUCUACAAGAUAUUCAUGUGUUUUUGAUGCCAAAGCUGGCAUUCCUCAAACAAGUACAUUUAUUAAAGUAUGAUAAUGAAUAUGGUUAUGCAUAUCGUAUAGUGGAUUUGAUACGAUAUAUGUACCAAGUUGAUUCUGGUAAUAUACCAGUAUCUACACAGGAAUUAGAUGAAAGUUAUGCCGUUGAUAUUGAGAUUAACUUCACUUAUAUCAAUAACAAAAUUAGUUUGUAAAAGGCAACGAAUAUUUGUUGAGCAAAAAAUAUGUCAUCAAAAGCUAAAUCAGUCAUUUUCCAGUUGCACAGAAGAUUACGACAUGAGCAAAAUCGGAAUCAACGGAUUUGGCCGUAUUGGCCGUCUUGUACUUAGAGCUUCGCUUGAGCGUGGUGCCCAGGUUGUGGCCAUUAAUGAUCCCUUCAUUGGUUUGGAUUAUAUGGUAUAUAUGUUCAAAUAUGACUCCACUCAUGGAAGAUUCAAGGGAGAAAUAAAAGUCGAAGAUGGCUGCUUAGUUGUCAAUGGUAAUAAAAUUGCUGUGUUCAGUGAGCGUGAUCCGAAAGCUAUUCCAUGGGGAAAAGCUGGAGCUGAAUACGUCGUAGAAUCCACUGGUGUUUUUACUACCAUAGAUAAAGCCUCUGCUCAUUUAGAAGGUGGUGCAAAGAAAGUUAUUAUUUCUGCACCAUCAGCUGAUGCACCUAUGUUUGUUGUUGGUGUUAAUCUAGAUGCUUAUGAUCCAAGUUACAAAGUUAUUUCUAAUGCUUCUUGCACUACUAAUUGUCUAGCACCUCUUGCUAAAGUUAUUCACGACAAUUUUGAAAUCAUUGAGGGUCUUAUGACUACUGUACAUGCUAUUACUGCUACUCAAAAAACCGUUGAUGGACCUUCUGGAAAGUUGUGGCGUGACGGUCGUGGUGCUGCACAAAAUAUUAUUCCUGCUGCAACUGGAGCAGCUAAAGCUGUUGGCAAAGUUAUUCCAGCUCUUAAUGGAAAACUGACUGGUAUGGCAUUCCGUGUACCGGUACAUAAUGUAUCGGUUGUUGAUUUAACGGUUAGACUUGCCAAACCUGCAAGCUAUGAUGCUAUUAAAGCUAAAGUAAAAGAAGCUGCUGAAGGGCCGUUGAAGGGAAUUUUGGGAUAUACAGAGGAUGAAUUAGUAUCUUCUGAUUUUAUUGGUGAUAACCAUUCCAGUAUUUUUGAUGCUAAAGCCGGUAUAUCUUUGAAUGAUAACUUUGUCAAGUUAAUUUCAUGGUACGAUAAUGAAUUUGGUUAUUCUAACCGUGUAAUUGAUUUAAUUAAGUACAUACAAACGAAGGAUAACUAAAAUUUUACGUAUAUUUAUAUGUAACAACUCGUAAAUUGUUCUAUAUGAUAAUGUUAUAUGAGUAUAUCGUUAUUGUAUGGAUGUUUCAAAUUAAAUAUCAGUAGAAAACCAACAACUGAAUAAACUGUGAAAUUGAGAAUAUUUUUAGUAAAACUAAAGUUUUUUUCCAUACAUAAUAAAUAGUUGUAACUAAUAAUAUAUAGGCAUUGAUUAUCAAAACAAGUACAAAAGAAAGCAGAUUUUAAAGUUUGGCACAUUACAUAAUUUGAAUUUUUGUCUAAAAGAAAGCAGAUUUUACAGUUUGUUACAUUACGUAAUUCGAAUUUUUGUCUUUUGAAUAAAAGUGCAAAUAUAAUAUAUAUUUGUGAGAGUAGACACAUGCAACAUAAAUUAUUCUUGUUUCAUACAGUAAAACUGAUGUAUGUUACAUUUAAUUACUUUUUGUCAUUUUAUUUAUUUUCAUCACAUUUACAAUCAAAAUUUUAAAAUAUUUGUAAUUUUUUCCUGUAAUAUUAUUUAUCAUCCAAUACAUUGAUUUCAAUAAAAAUUGUUAUGAAACUAAAAGAA